AAUAAAUCCAUAACAAAAUGUCUAUAUUGGCAUAUAAUGGCGGUUGUGUUGUAGCAAUGCGCGGCAAGGAUUGUGUUGCCAUUGCCACGGAUCGUCGUUUCGGUGUCCAGGCCCAAACCAUUGAGACCGACUUCGAAAAGGUGUUCCAAUUUAAUCCACGAAUGUUUGUCGGUCUAGUUGGCCUGCAGACUGAUAUCCUCACAGUGCGUGACAGGCUAAUGUUCCGUAAGAAUUUGUAUGAAACCCGCGAAAAUCGUGAAAUGCAACCAGCACGUUUUGCUGCUAUGCUUUCGAGUUUCCUGUACGAACAUCGUUUUGGACCGUAUUUCAUUGAACCGGUUAUUGCUGGCUUGGAUCCAAAGACAAUGGAACCGUUCAUCUGUAAUAUGGAUCUGAUUGGUUGUCCAAAUGUUCCCGAUGAUUUUGUUGUGGCUGGUACAUGUGGUGAACAGCUGUACGGUAUGUGUGAAACACUGUGGAAACCCGAUUUGGAACCCAAUCAAUUGUUCGAAGUUAUAUCACAGGCAAUGAUAAAUGCCUUUGAUCGUGAUGCCAUCAGCGGUUGGGGUGCCACCGUCUAUAUUAUUGAGAAAGACAAGAUUACCGUGAAGACAUUGAAGACUCGUAUGGAUUAGGA